CAAACGGCAACAAAACCAAAACAAUGGCCGGGUCACAGAUUGAUCAACGCAUAAAGGAAAAUCAUCCUGGAAUUGUCGUGCAGGGGACUAAGGGGGUUGGAUCAGGCCGUUCGCUUCGUGCAACACGGGACUUUCAGCCGGGUGAUCUGAUUGCUGAAUUUGACAAUCCAUUGGCAGCCUUUCCUGACGCGGCUCGGGCCUCGACGACAUGUCACCACUGCUUGGACCAAAACGCCAAGGUUUUUGGCUGUAUGGGCUGCGAAAAGGCUGUCAAAUACUGCAGUAGCGAGUGCCAAAAAGCCAACUGGAAACUGGUGCAUUCCAAAGAAUGCAAAGUGUUCCGUAAGGUCCAGACGGCGGUGGGCAAAGAUUGGCUACCGACUCCUGUGCGGACGCUGGUGCAGCUCCUGGUCCGUUGGCCUGAGGUACAACAAAUUGUAGCCCAGCUCGAGGGCAACGAUGAGCGUUUCAAAGAGAGGAAACAACUUUGGGAGGAUAUGAAGUUGCAGGCAUAUGCGGGCAUUCACUACGCUGGACGCAAGGAGGAUGAUGCGAAUCUGUUCAUGUCACUGGACGUACUGUGCAAGAUCCAAACAAAUUCCUUUGAUAGGUUCGAUGCCGACACAGGCGCGAGCGGCACAUUUCUCGACCCUGUGCUCGCUAUGGUCAACCACUCAUGUCUACCCAAUGCCGUGGUACUAUUUUGGCGGCGCAAGGCUUAUCUCAGAGCAGAGAUGCCCAUCAAGCAAGGAUCCGAGAUUUCUAUCUCAUACAUCGACUACACAAAACCCGUUAGGUUUCGGCAAGAGGACUUAUGGCUCUACCAUUUCACCUGCAAAUGUCCACGAUGCAAGGACGAUCUGAAUGUUUACCAAGUUUGUCAAGACUCACCAGUAGUCUCGCUGAAUGAUCUUACUCUAUCUCCGGGUGUAGAGCAACUAAUGUACCCACCUGGGGAGGGCGACCACUUCAAGCAAAAAUCCUGGCGCUCCAAGGUGGAAGCUAUAUAUGAAGAGUGCCGACAUGACCGCAGCGCCAAACCGACGUUUGAGGAACGGCUUGCGAUGCUCAAGGCGAACUGGCAAAGUUGCAAGCCGCUCGUUGAUGCGCAACUUUGGGCUUGGCAGCCCCUCGCACAAACCCUGCAGGCAGCAACUCUCUACUACUUGGGCACGGAAAACCUCACGAAAGCGCUCUCGACGGCCUGUUUUAUCGCACUACACUGUGAUCCAUAUCAAUACGUCGCGCCCUUCAAGACCUUCCGCUUGACAGGUCUCAUGCUCAUUGCCAAGAUCCUGACGCAAACGUCAGUCCCGGAUCGGGAGGAGCUCGCCAAGACGGCGCACCCAGAAAUCAUGGGAAUACUGGACCGAUCCGAUCAGGCUUCCAUGUUGCAUGCGAUCCUGCUGAUUGUCGUCAACAACGCCCCUAAAGGUCACUCUGACGACUGGGAGGUCUUGCACGAGGCCAAGACCAUGCUGUCUGGAAUUGAAAGUAUAGAGGGGCGGGAAGACGAGUCCAUGCUGUUGAGGAGGUGGGUGAAGAAUCCAGGAAACCAUGCGGACAAGGCAUUUUUCCAGGAGAGGGUGCUGAGGCCAAUCGAGGCAUUGGCAAGGCUGGCACCAGAAAUUCUGAGGGCCGAUUUAGGCUAGCUAGCGAGUAUGAUGACAAUCAAAGUGAUCAAG